AUGAGUCGAUUUACACUUCCCCCUGCUGCUAACUGUGCUGCUAAGAGAUAUUUCGAUGUCAUCCACCAAAAUAUGCGAGCUCGUUACGAGGGAGAGAAAUGGAGGCAACAGGGCAAAAGAAUGAUAUCCGACGACGAAUGGGAACAGUUGGAAAAACUCUACAAAGAGCUGAAUGAAUGGCGGGAAAGAGUGCAGAAAGACUCGAGUACCUGGUUGGGAUCACUCAGAGCACUGCCCGAUAUCCGCCGCCUUGCAAAGCGGUCCAAGACAUAUGUCACAGACGUUCGGCGAUCGUACGACAAAUUGAUCCUUCAGAACGACGACAAAGAACGGAAUAUCCUUGAUGACGAUCAUUGCGAAAGACAUGGCGCUGUGGAAUCGGCACUGGUCGAUCGGUAUAAAGAGGAAGAGAUCAAUACGCUGAUCGUGGAUAUGCCAGAUGAAUGCAUCCAGCUCUCUUACACGAUACUAGACAAAUCGGCAGGGCUUGUCUUCGGUGAAGGUGCAAGCUCAAUACUAGGGACGGAGUUACAAGCGCUACUGACUUGGCCCAAGUUAACGGAGGUUAUAUUACAGCUACCGAAAUUGCUCCUGACAAUGCCGGAGCGCACCGCGGAAGACACUUUGCUCAGGAUGAAAUGUGCAAAAGCUGUAAGGAAAGUUGUCAAGGUCACCGGAGUGAUUCCCCUGUCCCUCCUUGUAAAAAGCCCAGUGUCGAAGGCCAGCCUCCCUGUUAGCCGCGGUGGAUUUGGUUUGGUCUUUACGGGGACGCUCGAAGACGGACGGACUGUUGCAGUGAAGGUUCUACACUUCGACAGUGCAACAUGUCCAGAGGAGCGGGACAAGAAGCUCACGCAACUGUAUCGUGAGGCCAUUAUAUGGUGGCACUUGCGCCAUCGCAAUAUCCAUCGCCUUCUCGGGGUGUGUCUUGACCAGCUCGAGCGUAUCGCAGACGCUCUCUGCUAUUUGCACGAAAGUUAUGAUCCCCCGCUAGUUCACAAGGAUAUCAAAGGAGAGAACAUCCUUGUGGAUGACGAGGGCGAACCUUGUCUUACCGACUUCGGUAUAAGCACAUAUUUCCAGUCUUUCACCAUCAGCGGAGAGAAUGGCAACACUGGCACGAUCGCUUAUAUGGCCCCCGAGAUCCUCACGUUGAGGAGCAGGCUUUGCGACAAUGAGGACGAAAUGAAUCAACAGAUCCGGACGGCCAUAACUCCGGCGUAUGACAUAAACGCUUUUGCUUGCCUGUAUACUCUGAGAAGAAAUUGUGGCAAGGGGUAG